GAAAAGCCUUAUCUCUAGGGUCUGCCCGAUGUCGCGCGCGGGGCGAUGACGCAUGGGGAAGCGAGCCAGCCUACGGGCCUGGGGGAGGGUGGCGCUCUGGAGUGACGUCAGAGACAGGUAGGCAGGGAAUUGCCGGCUGAAGAAGGCGCAGAAGGAGCCGGCGAUGGAGGAGAGGGAGCAGCUGAGGCGGCAGAUCCGCUUGCUUCAAGGUCUCAUCAAUAACCAUAAAAACGUCCAUGGAAAUGCACCAGUUCCCCCACCUACUCAGUGGCGGAAUCCCAGGCCCUCUGCCUUUAGCAGCCAAGGUGCAUUCUCUGCUAGAUAUGCCCAGCAAACCCAGAGAGAUUUUCUUCCUCGCCAGAGCAGUCCUAAUUCCUGGAGAAAGAAAUACUCUCUAGUCAACGUGCCCCCUCGGCCAACGCUUUGUUCAGGAAGCAGCGUUUCUGCUAAUGCUUCAUGGAACAGCGAGAGCCACGCAAGCUCUGAGGCGACUGAGCCACAGACAGUGUUUCCAGGAAGAAGCACAGGCUUCAAGGCAGGUGGUAACGUUGUUGUUGGAGUGCAGGCUGGCUCGGCAGCAGGCAGCGCUGCCGUCCUAGGAUCCCAGCAGAGCUCUUCAGAAGCAUCAGAGGGCCCAGCUGUGUCUAGAGGAUGCGUGAGCAGCACUGCUUGGCCUUUGGAUGUUGGAUCAAAAAGGAACAAAGGACGGUGUGUCUCAACCAUGCCUCGCUCUGCAAGUUGCAAGGCCUUUGCUAGGGUUGGGGACUGCGUGCCUGCAGUGUGUCGGAAAGGGCUUGCUCUUCAGGGUGUAUCAGAACUGGGCCCUGACUUGUGCAGGACUAUCAGUGAGACUGCCGUUUCGUUGAAAUCUGAGCCUCAGCAGCAGCCUUUAACCUUGCCUGAUCGUAAAUCGAGUGGUCCGUCAGGGACAAAGAGCCCAGCCUUGCAGGUUCCAGCUCUGCGUAGUUCACAAUAUACUUCUGCAGCAACAGACAAACCCAGCCCGUUAAGGACGGCUGGUAAGUUUGUUGCUCAUUCAACUUGGGAAGCUCCUUCAGCUGUUGGGGUGAGCCUUUCUAAGGACAAGCAUUCAGUACCUGCUCUCCAAAGAGCUCCCACCUUGCCAGCCUCCAUCAGAUCUCCAAGGUUCAGGAAAACCAACUACACAUGGGUGGCCAAUCCAAGCAAAUCCCCCCGUGCUGUGAAAAGAUUGGCUACUUCCAGAGCCUCUGAAAGUGUGCGCAAGACUGCUGUGGGAGCAGAGAGAGGUCCCAAGUUACUUCCGAGGGGGGAUUUGGGAUCAAAACAAAAGAAAUCCAAUGUGCCGUCCAAGCUGGGGAUUUCUUCCAGCCAAUACAAGUGGAAGGCAUCUGGUCCCCAACCUUCUCCUUCCACAUCCACCUCUGCAUUCACAUGGCAGCGUAAGGAAGGUGAUUGGGCAGGAGUUUCCCCCUUCAUGGGAGCUAGCACUUCCCUUCAGACUGUGAGACAUGGGCCUCUGGGUCACGGCAACCCAAGACCAUCCUCUGGGAAUACUUCCUUUUUUAGUUACAAAUUGAAGAGCUGGACUAAAAUUAUCAAGAGAAGGGGGAAUGCCUGCUCUCCAGCUGACAAGAGGAGUGCCUCCUUCCCCACCGUGCUUCUGAAAAGCCGCUAUUCUCUCAGGAAAAGGAACUGUUCCAGAGGAAGGUCCUCACCCACAGCCAGGAGAGCUGGGUCAAAAGGCCUGGUACACAUUAGCAAGCACAGGCUGCGCCGGUUGCCAGCAUCCCGGGUCCACCUUUUGGCCAAAGAAGGCUCCAGCUUCCUCGUCUCGAACCCCACAGCCAAUAAAGUGGUAAACACUCGGUAUAGGAUUGUGAAGAAGACGGUGACUUCUCCUUCAAGCUGUGCAGCAUCUUUCAGUAGCCCUGUUCAUGGCUGGAAGUCUAGAAGGGUCUCUACAUCCAGAUCUCUGGUACUGAAUUGUCCCUGCCACUCUUCUCCAGGGAGCAAGUCCCAGGCUUUGCAGCAUCGCUGGAGGAACAAAGGCCUGCGCUGUAUCGGAGGAGUCAUGUACAGAGUGUCUGCUAACAAACUUGCCAAAACCUCUACCUCUCCAGCCAAGAGUGGCGAAGUUGCUAGCAGGGGCCACGGCAGAGCAGCGAGGCUGGAUUCUGCAUACAGCACCCCUGGCUAUUCACCGUCCGGUUGCCCAAGCAGGUCGACCACGAGCCGCUACAUCGCAAGCCGAGCUGUCCAGCGUAGCCUGGCCAUUAUUCGCCAGGCUAAGCAGAAGAAAGAGAAGAAGAAGAAGAAGGAAUACUGCAUGUACUAUAACCGCUUUGGCAAAUGCAACCGUGGUGAGAGGUGCCCCUACAUCCAUGACCCCGAAAAAGUGGCCGUCUGCACAAGGUUUCUCCGUGGCACGUGCAAGAAGACUGAUGGGACAUGUCCAUUUUCGCACAAAGUUUCAAAAGACAAGAUGCCCGUAUGCUCAUAUUUCCUGAAAGGGAUCUGCAACAAUAGCGAUUGCCCCUACAGCCAUGUCUACGUGUCCAGGAAAGCAGAAGUGUGCUCAGACUUCCUCAAAGGCUACUGUCCCUUGGGAGAGAAGUGCAAGAAGAAGCACACGCUGGUGUGCCUGGACUUCUCCAAGCACGGAGUCUGCCCCAAAGGCUCCCAGUGCAAACUGCUGCACCCACAGAGGAAGCGUCUAGCCAGACAACCCAAUGCCACUGACUCCGUCCAACCUGUGUACUCAGCGCCAAAGUUGGGGCGCCCUGCAGAUCAGACUUCGAGGAAAGAGGAUAAUGAAGAAACAGCCGGGCCCUCAGGAUCAGAGCGGGAGAGGACAGUCUGGAACCCCGAAAUCCCUUUACAAACCAGCAAGCUGACUAAGCUGCCAUCCUUCAUCUCUCUCCGUUCACCCUCCACGUCUCCAAGCGAGGAAGACCGCAAGCCCGAGAGGGACAGGAGCGGGGAAGAUGCAGGGAGGCCUUUGCAGAUCAAGCCCAGACUAUGACGGCGUCUUCCCUCAGAGCGGAGCCCUGCCCAGCAGCCGAGGUCUCGGUCAAACAUCUCAGGGAUUUGAAGCCUCCCUGACAACUACCUCAGGAAGACGCAACACUGGGACAGAACGGGCAGCGGUUUUGCUCAGAGCGUCCAGUGUGGCUGUCUGUCCUUUUUAUGUGUGAGGUGGGGCGUUUUGUGGGAGGGCGACCCCACUCUUCCACAGCCCAGGAGAGUAGCUUUGUGGCUUUUUUGUUUUCGUUUUUUUCAAAUAAAGGAGCUUUUCGUUUCAGACUUUCAUGAGCUCCUAAUUUCACUCAGGUGGCUGACUUCCCUUGCUGGGGGGCAGUGGGGAGAGGUGUCUUUCAGAAACCUCUGCCUGAGCUCCAGGCCCAAUGUGGAUAUGUUGGCUUCAGCUGGGACCAGCAGUGGUUUGUGGCUUUGGAUUAUGGAAUAAACCGAACUGGAGAGACUUUAUGUAGAAACCUAAGCCUCAGUCUCCCUCUUUCUCCAGGCUCUGGGCCAGCCUGAGGUGCUGUGCGCUUCAGCGUGCAAGCCAGAGUGCAGUCGUUCUCUGUUGGCACCUGAGAGGCUCCUGGGGAGUGCCUCCCAGAUCCUAUGAAAUGUUGCCACCUCAAGCUUGGGCUGCCUAUGUAGUGAGGGUUUAGUUCGGCCAAAUACUGGGUAUUUUUUGCAACAACGCCCAAGGUGCAAGGUUAAGGAAGACUGCUGUUGAUGGGAAACUCCUGCAUGUAAAAGCCAUUGUGGUUGACAGGUGAGGGGUAUAAACCUUAUGCCUAACUUUGUCCUGAGAGAGGUAAAAUUUCUGGGAACUUUGGAGACAUUUUCUUUUGUGGGGGGACACAGUUUCCCUUUUAUUCUGAAAAGAUUUGGGGGGGAGUGGAAGAACCCAGCAAUCUUUGCAAGAUUUCUUUGUUAGUUAAUGCCAGCUUUGGGGCUCAAAAUGAUUUGUAAAAUCAACCUGCCUGGAAACAUUUAUUAAUGCUAAUGCAAACAGAAUAUUUAUAUUUGUAGAGAUGUGUUGUGAAGUUAUAUAUACAUAUACUGUAUCUUCA